AUGCAACGUGGUAGAAGUGUUAUAGGAAUAGAUCUCAACUUAUUUCAGAAUAAGGACGUAUUAAAUAUAAGUGAGAAAGGCUUUGAACGAAUGUCUAGUCUCCAUUAUAUCAGAUUCAGAGAUUUUGGUAACCGAGACAGACUGUGCUUACCUCAAGGUCUGACCUAUAUGCCUCGAAAACUUCGAUCACUAAAUUUGACUCUUUUUCCAAUGACAUGUUUGCCUUCUAAGUUAAAUCCAAGUUUGAGAAGUUAUGGGAAGGAAAUCAAGGUUGGAAAGGAAGCCGGAGAAAGAGCAUCCUUGAAAAUCUUGUGA